UCUGCACGAACUGUUAUCAUACCGCGACGCGCUUACAACACGGACGCACCUACCUGCGCUCCGCGAAAACCGUCUACGUUCUUUCGAACAGUUUUGCCGCCUUUUUUUAAAUAAAUUCACAAUUGCCUAUAGACAACGAACAAUUUUUUUAUUAAAUAGUGCAGUGACUUUAAGUGGAGUGAUUCUAACUGUAUAUUUAUAACUGUACCUAUCUACGGCUGGCAAAAAUGGCGCGCGGUACCAAAGUAUUUCUCCCCAGUGUUUCCGGGACUUCUAGUCAUAGGAUAAGCAAUUGUUUUGUAUAUAUUGCAACCGUCUUAUUGUUAGGUAUUCCAUGUGCUCACAGCCAAAUUGAGAAGAUGUAUCUCGAUUCGACUGACCUCAAUCUUCUUGUGGAUGAGACGCAUCUUCUAAAACUUAUACAAAUUGGCCAGUACAACACCACGCUGGAGGUUUCAGCUCAGAUACAGCAUCCAGAUAUAGUUCAGUUGGUGCCGCAAACUGUAGAGAUACCAGGUUCGAGUGAGCCGAAUACGACUGUUGAGAUUUCGCAUGACAUCUGCGCGUACGGCAAGAGUCCAGGACACUCGGAAGUCACGUUUAAUGUCACUCCAACUGGAUUUGUUAAUUUGGACACGGUGUUCCUUCGCAUAACCGUGAUGCAUUCUCACGCAAUCAACGUGAUCUCGUACAUAAUGGGCUGGAUAUAUUUCGCGGCGUGGUCGGUCUCCUUCUACCCCCAGAUCUACAUCAACUUCAAGAGGAAGAGCGUCGUGGGCCUGAACUUCGACUUCCUUGCACUGAACAUUAUGGGUUUCACAAUGUACUCGCUGUUCAACUGUGGAUUGUAUUUCUCUAAGGAGAUCCAGAGCGAAUACUUCAGCCGUCACCCGCGCGGUUUGAAUCCAGUGCAGUUGAACGACGUGUUCUUCUCACUGCAUGCUGCCUUCGCAACGCUCAUCACCAUCGCGCAGUGCUUCAUGUACGAGCGUGAAGAGCAACGCGUGUCGAUGACCGGGCGCGGUAUACUAGGCGUGUUCGGCCUGGUGGUGGUGGUGUCUGCGAGCGUGGCCGCCGCCGGCCACCUCGCCUGGCUCGACUUCCUCUACUACUGCAGCUACAUCAAGCUCAGCAUCACGCUCAUCAAGUACGUGCCACAGGCAUACAUGAACUACAAGCGGAAAUCGACCGUGGGCUGGUCCAUCGGCAACAUCUUCCUGGACUUCGUGGGCGGCUUCCUGUCUAUCCUGCAGAUGGUGCUCAACGCGUACAACUACAACGACUGGGUGUCGUUCUUUGGUGACGCCACCAAAUUCGGCCUGGGCCUCUUCAGCUUAGUCUUUGACGUGUUCUUCAUACUGCAACACUAUGUGUUCUACAGGGAAUCCCAUUAUAUCCUGCUUCCUGGAUCGAGCGUAGCGAACGAAGAUCCUAACGUGGAUGUACUAGAUAAUGACCAGGCGCCAUCUACUGAUACACCAUAUCAGGCAGCGCCGGCUUAGUUGCAAUUUGGAACAUAUCCUGAAGCGAUAAAAUUCAAAUUCCAUUGACGACAUAUGUUCCUGAGAUUGCUCGAUUCUUUAAUAUAAGAAUGAGUGAAGAUCUUCGUAAAUUGAUGACGAAAUAAUGAAAUGCUUGAACUGUAAGCCUCAAUCUGUAUAGAUAUGAUAAAAUGGCGGUAUAGUGGUGUUGCUAGCAAUUUCAAGGGACAAUUUGAAGUACAUUGCGAGCUGGAUCUAAUACCAAGUUUUAUAAACAUUAACAUACCUAAUAGGUAUUUGUGAGUUUUUUUUAUAUGUAACCAUAGAAUUAAAAAUAAUGUAUUUGGGACACACCUGUAAGAAUCAAGUGGAUUAUUUUUGUAUAUAUAUGAAGUGACUGCAUCGACUAAAUAUACGAAUAUCCUUACAAUGCAGUGUUAAACAUACAUAAGACUGAAUAAGUGAUGUAGUAGUUAUGUGAAUCCAAGACAAUAAAAUUUGAAAAUUAAACUUUGUGUACUUAUGUAUACUUAGAUAUAAUUAUACCAUAAUCUAAAGACAGUUAUUAUAUAGAUAUAUUAUUAUGUUACUGAUAUAUUCCAAGGUGUAAGGGAAAGGGUAUAGAAUAAACAUGUAAGAGGUAUAUAAGAAACAGUAUUUAGCUAUAGUAUUCAAGAAACUGAACAACUAACGAUAGCGGUAGAGCGCCGUUUAAAGUAUUUAUAUACUAGCUGUGUCGUAGGUUUGUACUAGCAAAUUAAUACACGAAGUAUCCUAUGUAUUAAUCUUAAAAUUAUAGUAUCUCGUAUCACAAUAAUCAUUAUAGAAAUUAUUAUGGUUUGUUCUCGCAAAUUAGUACACAAAGUAUCCUAUGUAUUAAUCUUAAAAUUAUAGUAUCUCGUAUCACAAUAAUAAUUAUAGAAAUUAUUAUGGUUUAUCCUCGCAAAUUAGUACACAAAGUAUCCUAUGUAUUAAUCUUAAAAUUAUAGUAUCUCGUAUCACAAUAAUAAUUGUAGAAAUUAUGCCCACAGUCACAUUUUACCAUGGUAUUGCUCGCUAUUCACAGGGAAUUCAUUCUCACACACUAAAACCUAAAUAGUCGCGUACAGUCCGGCUUCAAAGGAGUUAUCUUCCGCGAAUGCUCAGGCUGUUGAAUGAGCUCUCUGCCGUUAUGGGGUUUGUUAUAAAAGAUAUAUUAAGGUUUUUUCAAGGACGGUUAUGUAUGAGAUACUUCUAGUGUUGCAGGCGUCCAUAAGCUGCAAUAACCGUUUUUUUAUGACACUACUUUGUCUGGUGUCACUGGUUCCCCCGACUAUUACCUAUUAGGACCUUGUGCAUUUGUGAUUCAUACUAUCGUUCGUUUCCGUUUAUUCUUUCCUUCCAUCUAUCUUUCAUAUUAUUCAUUAAUCUUUCAUGCUUCAUAUUUUUCUCUUUAGCGUGGAUUAUUGUGUUCUUAAUUUUAUCUAAUGUUGUUAUCUAUUUAUCUAUUACUAUUGGUCUCUGUUUAUAAUUUUUAUACUUUAUUAUAUUGUUUUGAUUUUCCGGGCGUUAAUGUUCUUGUACUUGGUACCAUCCCAUCUGACGCGACAUGAAAUUUUAUAUUAUGCCUUCCUGUUAUCAUUUUCCCUAUGCUAAGGGUUACUUAUAUUACAUAAGUCCCUAACAUCAAUCUUACUUCUCUGUUCUUUCGUGCCUUUAUUAUUUGUGGAUAAAUGAAGAUACUCAUAUAUUUUAUAUAUUCAUAAAUAAUAUGUACAUACUAUAUUAUAAUACAUCAAUCUACAAUUUAUUUAUUUAUACUAUAUUUUAUGUUUCCAUUUAUCUAAGAUACAUAUAUUUCUUACAUACAUAAAUGUCAUUCGUACUGAAAUUAUACAAUAUACAUAUAUUUAAUUUAUACAGGUUUUAUACAUUUAGCGUCUACAAAGGUUAAGCAAAACUGCUUUUUUUAUAUUAUUAUAAUCUCUUUUCUCUCUUCUCGUAUCCAUUUUCUUCGUGUCAUUUUAGUUGUCUUUUUUUUUCAAACAGUUACAACGUUAACUCAUGUAUUAAUUUAUUAUUGUGUAUAUAUUUCCGUCGUUAUAUACUAUUUAUAUAUAAACUAUAUCAUUAUACAUUAUAAUUAUCCUAUUUAUAACAUAUUUUAAUAUUUUAUUAUCUUAUAGUAGUAAACAUUUACAAUCAGACGGGAUGUAUACUUGUAUAUUACAUUUGAUAUAUAAAAAAAAUAUUAAAAUGCACUCAGCUGUUUAAGCGUUAUUAAGUUUAUUAUGAAGAUAGUAUGAUUACAACCUAUGCUCCUGAAGGUAAGUUGUUCAGUUUCAUGUAUACUAAACGUAUACACUAGCUUUUUAGACAUAUAAAAAUAUAAAUCUAUUGUUGUAUAAUCAUAAAUAAUAAUAUAUUAAUAGCAUCAAUUAAUGUCGUUAUUAAAUUAUGGUAAUAACUUUUGUCUUAGCAAUAAUGUUAAUUUCAUGACAAUACUGUUAAAAAGCAAUACAUUUGGCGAAAAAUAAUGUAUAAAUGUAUAGAUCAACAUUAUGUUUUUUUUUUUAAUUGUAUGGAGAGGCAAAAAAAGCGGCACAUUAUGACAUAAAUAGCACUAUAUUAUCUGUGGCACCUCUGUGUUGCCACUACUAUACUCUUAAUUAGUAAUUAUACUAUUGCCACAAUAAAUAAUGGAUUUUGUACAAUGAAUUAUAAAUCUUUUUUUUGUGAAGGCUAGGUCAUAAGGGAUAUUUAUUAUACAAUAUUGUAUACCUAAAUGAAAUAUGCAUUUGAUAUUAUAUGCUACACAUUCAACAUUCUUAACCAAUCGAAAGUGGGUACUUAUCUUAGAACGUAUAUAAUAAUAUUACAGUACACAGCCGUGCCCUUUUCGCUAGGUUGGGAUGACCUCCCCUCCCUUUUUUCGCCAAUAUGACUUAAUUGUGAGCAAUUAUAAAAGAAACACUUGUAUGUAUUUGUACACACAAGUAUGUGUUCAUACACAUUUGUUUAUCUAAUGGUGAGAACAACAAAUAUUGUUUCUAAGCGACUUAAAAGAUUUUUCUGUGUAUAUGUUUCAUGUGAUCUUUUUAAUUUUAAGUCCAUUUUGCGUCUUCUAAUAAUAUUUAUAAAUUUAAUUGGUAUACAAAUUAAGUGGCUAUUUUUUAUGCAUAAUUAAAAUUAUAAUUAUAUAUAUUUUAUACAUACUUUUGACUGGUUUAGAGUUUUGAUUGUUACAUAAUAUUUUAAUAAUGAUUUAUAUGUAGCACUAAUCAUUCAUUGAUUAAAUAAAAUUAAUAGAAUCGAAA